AUGUAUUGUUGUAUUUCAUGGCCACUGGCAAAGGCAACAAUAUUUUUUGGGCUCCCUCUCAAAAUUAAUGGUAUCACUUGCACAAGGUGCAUACCCAUUAAAUGUCUGUUUAAGCAAAAGCAAAAGAAAAAGCUUUCAAAGUAUUGUGUACGCAAGCCACAUGGAUAUUGUACCCACAAACACACACAGCUCCCUGACCAGCUGCUGGAUACAGGUCAUGAAGAAGAACAAGAAGAUGGAAAAUACGAUAUGUCUUUGAAAUUUUAUGGAUUUUAUGUAUUGAAUAAAUUCGCAAAUUUCUACAUAAAUUUCAAAAAGAAAAAAAAAAAGGCUUUUUUUUGGGGGCUGGUAUUGUGUCUAGAAGCUGUUGUCAAAAAUAAUAUCUUUAUGGCUGUAGAUCAGUGUUACAAAUUAUGUCUACAUAUAAUGCUAGUUACUGUACUUUUUCUUAAAGAAUUUGGAUAA